AUGCACCCUCUAAACCCUUUCCUCCGUGCCUUCUUUCGAAGCACUGUCCCGGGCCAGUGUAUACCGGUCGAGAAUCAUGUCUUGCUAGUUCCAACGACAGAGUCUCUCAUCGGUUCACGCGACCGGGAGUCCAACCUGCUAUAUUCCGAUCUUUGCGCGUCAGAGGAGUUUCUGGGGAGCCAUGUGCUCCGCAUCCCAAUCCAUACUGGCCCUGCGAAUUCCAAAGAGGAGAACAAUGUCCGAGAAAAUCGAGGGAAAGCAAAGCAGGUGACCACAUUCAAUGGGAGGACGGUGAUCAUCAAGGACAACUCAGUCUACAGCAACAAAGGAUUCAAGUCACUCACACAAGCCCAACUGCUUUCCGACGUGCUUUACUACACCCCGUCCAAUGAAUCGCGCCCAUGGCUGAUUUACUACAUCUCUCGCCCGUUGAUCGGAACGUAUGACCCCGCGAAGAUCUUACCAGCCGCAGUCCCUGGAACCGACACCAGCAUCGUCGGGCAAACUACACCAGACAAGAAAUAUGGAAACGGAGAUUCAAUUGGGACGCCACCAAAACAAGAGAUCAAAUCGUUUGGGGAACUGCUAGCCAACUACCCGAUGAUUGCCAGACAGAUGCAUCCGGGCCUGGAAAGACUAUUCAAGGAGUUUGGAAAGGAACUUGGUAAACCAUUGCCACCUCCUCCUUCACGAUCGCCAUCUGCAUCCGGCAGUGAACGCGUCCACAAGUUGUCUCGCGCCGAGUCUUGGACAGACGAAAGCUCUUCCAUCCGCAGCUGGUCGUCACGCAGCAGAGGGCGAUUGCCGUUCAACUCUGAGGAAUAUUUCGAAGAUGACGAAGAUCUCAUGCGCCGAAGCUUAGAAACCGCGGUGACUGCUGCAAUCGAUCUUUUCCGCCUCGUUGACAAGCAGCAAUUAUCGUUGCUUGGUGCGACUACUGAUCUCACUGGUCCUCUAGUGGAGCGGCUAAUAGAACGUUAUGUCGCCGAGCAAGUUCACGAGCCGCUGCUUUUCCCUCGUCUUUGUUCAUUCCGCCGACCAGAGGACGCAGAGCUGGAUGCUCGCAUUCGCCAGAUGGAGAGCAUUGAUGUGUCCCAAGUCGGAAUAUCGGUUGAAGGUGGACAUGAAGGGAAGCGAGAACUGAUUCGUCGACUUGGGCGAGCCGUGGAAGAAUUUCGGAAGAUCAAUGACGCUCGAUGUCCCCAUGAUAUGCUGAAUACCCUCCUUGGAACAGUCAAGGUUAUCUCCUUCCCUGGCAGUUAUGAUCAAAUGGACGGCUCAGCAUCCGAGAAGGGAACUUCCUCUGUCACGAUCAACGCUGAUGUCUUGGUAUCGUUGUUGCUUGUUGUUGUCAUUCGUUCUCAAAUACGGCAUCUCCAAGCUCGAUUGUUGUACAUGCAGCACUUUAUCUACAUUGACGACGUUGAUAACGGCGAGAUGGGAUAUGCUUUAAGUACAUUUGAAGCUGUUCUGAUGUAUCUCGUGACCGAUUCUGCCGGACUACGGCGUGCCAGCGUUCGGAACAGACGUUUGUGGCAAGCAACAAAAGCUGGCAGAAUAUCGGAUAUGAAAUCUAUACUGGAACCAAAUGAAGAUCACGAAUCCAUAGACGAUACGACUCCACCGGAACCGGAGCGAAAGUCUGUACUGUUCCAGACAGAUGAAGCUGAUGAGCUGGAUGACCUCCCUCUUGAGCACUCUUACACCAGUCAUACGAAUGGCGACUCAUACCCGGAUGAAGCUGUUGUCGAUGCACCACCGCUAUCCCAUGUGUUCCCAUUCCAAAAUUGGGAUGAUCUUUCCAUUAUCCAAGAAUCUCACCCUCAUCGUCCAAUUAAGAAAGUUUCAAUUCGCAGCCUAUCGGAAUCAUCAGCCGUCUCAUUCAUCUCUAGGACCGCAACUCUCGGAUCCAUGGCCAGUGGAAUUGAAGGUGACAAUUCGAUUGAGACCUUGACCAAAACCCAAGAUCCUGCUGGUCAUUCCAUACCGAUGAUGGCAGUAGAGGCCCGUCAGACCGAAGCUUUGAAAUACCUGUUGACUCUAGAAGAAUACUACCCAUUGGAGGAAAUCAUCCAAGACACCAACGUCGAUGGGACCACGCUAUUGAACGCUGCGGUGCAACUCGCACACACUGAGAUAGUCAAGAUCCUCUUGGACUUCCUAUUUGCAAAGACAGAUACAAGCGUGGUUGCGUUCUACUUGACUAAAUCCGACGUCCACGGUCGCACUGUUGCUCAUUAUCUUUUCAGCACACCCUCGCUGCUAGGGAGACUUGGUACCAUUAUCCCAUGGCGACAACGAGACAAACAUGGACAAACACCGCUCUUUGCACUCUGUCGAUCGUAUGAUCAUCCAGAAUACAAAUCAAUGGUUCAAGCCGCUUUGACUGCAGCGCAGUGGGCACAAGGCGACAACAAACCGCUUCAGCUUGAUGAUCAUGUCGAUACGAAGGGGAACACACUGUUGCAUAUUGUUGGUGAUCCUGAGAUUACCCGACGCAUAUUGCAGGACAGCGAUUGCGAUCCCAACGCGACCAACGACAAGAGAUUUACGCCAUUGAUGAUGGCCAGCAAGUACGGGCGAGUUGACCAAGUUCGCAUUCUCUUCUUAGACCCAAGAGUCGACGUUCAUAUUAAAGAAGCCCGUGGUUUGACAGCCGUGGAGUUAGCCAAGGAUGAUGAGGUGCGAAAUCGAAUCGACGAUUUGAUCUUGUUGUCCCAUCCUCCGUCGGCUUGUGGAGAUCCUUCGGGUCGUGUCACAACAGUCGUGCGGUCGUACUUCGUCGAGGACGCAACCGUGCGCUUUAUUCUCAAAUCCGGCGCACCAUUUCCUCCCACUGAAUCUGUGGCGUCGUCACGGCCUGGAUCGACGACAUACACCGUUACGACCUGUCGCCGCAAUUUCUCCGACUUUGAGAAUCUGGCUAAAUGGCUUGCAGUGGAACAUCCAGGAUCUUACAUGCCGUCCCUCUCGGAUUUCCGGAAUCCAUUCCAGAUCCACUCGAAGCCAUCACGGUCCGUACUCCAUGAUCUCCAGGAAAGACUGGACCGGUUCCUGAAGACGCUUCUCGCCCAUCCAACCUUUUCAACUCACGAAAUGCUGUGGGAGUUCUUCCUCGUUCCAGAACUUCAGCCUGAGAUGGUAGCCGACCGAUCGUACCGCAAGGCUGCCGUGCUCACAGAGACCAUCGCGGACGAAUAUCCGCCGGUAUCACUGGAGGGCAUGCGCGACACAGAGCAGUUUAUCACCCACGCCCAGGAAAUGGUGCGCGGUGUACAUGUCAACACGCGUUCCCUGAUUCGCCGAGGGCACGCAUUGCAGAAUGCAACAUCCGAUCUCGCAGAUGCGGUGAUGAUAUGCUCAUCUGUCCUUGCUACGCUCCGAGCGCCCACCAAUGCACUUCCGAUCUCACACAUCGAGGCCUUUGCUCGUUACGCCACCUACCUAUCGACCUCUAGGUCUGACUCCUCCCCUCUCCUCCAGUAUUUGGCAGCUCUCUCCUCAGUCGACAACACAACGGCCGCAAUUCUCAUCUCUUUAUCCCGUCCACUGGCCCUUAUGUCCUCCCUCUCUUCAACAAACCGCCAUAUCUCUCGCUCUCGCUCCUCGCUCCUCUCUUCCUCCCUCCCCCGCAAAUUCAAUAUAAACCUCCCAGGCUUCGAAGAGUCCCGCCAAAAGUCCGUCCGUGACCUUGAACAAAAGAUUCACGAUGGCGAAUCCGAGUCCACUCGGCUGGCGAAGGAGGUCUCGUGGAACAAGGAUGUCGUGGUCGGCGAACUCGCUGGCUGGACCUCAUGGCGGGAAAGGGUCGGCCGUGACGCCAUCCGAGCGUUUGUCAAGGAUACCCUUGUACGUGAAAAGGAGCGCGGCAAACGCCUUGAACGGUGCCUGCGCAGUGUGCGCGAUAUGAAUGCAUGA